AUGUAACAAUUAGGAGCAGCACAUCAAAAUGUACCUCCAGAAACCACCAUCCCAGAUACUGCUGAAUUAAGAUACAAUCAAGUGCUCUAGCCUUAAUUAAAAUGCUCAAACAUGUUAAAGCAGGCAUCCUCAUCGAAGUCAUUGGUCUCCUAUUGUGAGAUAUAGUAGAUGAUUAUCACAUCGGAGUCUAUGAUCUGUGUUUCUGUUGAAUCUGUCAAUCCUAUUUUUCAAUAAAAAAUGGUUCAACACCUCAAUUUAACUGGGAGAAUGAAAAUUGCAUAGGAUGGCAUCAUUCCCAUUAAUCAUAUGGAUGAUGGUUAUAAAGUGGUAAUGCCAAUUAUUCUCCAAUCGACAUCAAUACACAUUAAUCAUAUGAAUAUUGUUAUCGAUCCCAUUUAGACUGAUUCCCUAAUAAAUUAUGAUCACGCAAUAGGAACCACGCAGACCACUUCCAAUACUGCCAUCUUCAAAAACCUGGACUAGCAGCAUUACUAUUAUUUGAUCGAUAUCAAAUUUAAUUGCAAUGAUUUGGAGUAGAAGAUUAUUCCAGAACUUAUAUAAGAACAGGGAUUGAAAUGCAAUUCAGCAAUUGAAAAUAGCAAUAGAAAUGAAUAAUGCGUUGAGGAGAUGUCAAAAUUGGGAUGUGAGUAUUACAAAUUAAUUGGUAUUUAAUUCAGUUAGCAUUUAGAGUUGAGGAUGAAUCGAAAAAGGGAGAGUAGGUAACCAAAUAAAGAAUACAGGAAGGAAGGAUCCUAAAAGACAUCUGGAAUUGAAUGGUUGACGAAUUGUUAGAUGAAAAUCUUUAUGCCAUUUUGGGAAGAAUGA